CUAAAGAGUGAGAGAAGCAAUGAGAUCCAGCAGCUGAUCGCUCAACGCUCCGGAAACUAUUACGUUCGCGCGUCAUGGAGUCGCUUUGAGACUCUUUCAAUUACAAAGCCGCACAUCCGAUCGAGUUUUAUUAAAGCGUCGGCGUGUCGGCGGCCGCUACCAGUCGCCACCAACGCACGAUGUACAAGUACGGUAACGUGAUGAUAGUGUUGGUUAUGCGGCGUUUACACGCAUUUCUCCUAUCGUCGUCGUCGUCGUCGUCGUCGUCGUCGACUUCCUCAUCAUUAUCCUUACCUUCUACAACAAACUUCAAGUAGGUACAUUCUUUUCCUUCGUCGUGAAAGAAGAAGGAGAAAAGAAAAGACAGGAAAGUCGUAAAAGGCGACGUGAACGUAUAGCGCCCGACGAAACGCGACAACGACAUCGUGGAAGACGUGAGAGUUUAUAGAGGGGAAGAGGAAGAAAGAAAUAUACGAGAUGUCACGUCCCCGAUCAUAACGGUGUUUCAACCUUCGAAUAUAUAUUUUCUUUGCCCGUUUUUAAAAAGCUAUUACGUUCUUUUCGUCCUAACAUCUGUCAAUAAAACUGCAAUAAAAAUAAUGCCACGAUGUCAAACUGCAAUAGAAAUAUACACACGCAGGGAUCUUCGGUGAUAGACUAUGAACGUCAAUUUCAAGAAGAUUUGGAACGUGCUCAAGCAUUAAGCUUAGAGAGUUUAGCUUUAGAAAAAUUUAAGUUACAAAAGCAACGCUUAGAAUAUAAUAAUAUACAGCAAUCAUAUCGAUCACAAAAUAAUUCACAUGAUAGAAGUAGUGGCUCAACAACGACAGAUGGUGCUUUGCAAGGUGAUAAAUUACAAUUUAGAAGUCGUCCACGUCCUGGAUCUUUUAAUAAAAAUCAAUCGAAAAAUGCUGCGCUAUUGGCUCCACCACCAUCAAUUCCAUGUAGGAGAAAUUCAACAACCGCUACAUCCAGCCAGGAAACAUCUAUUGAUUUAAUUAAUUUUACAAGCCCUAUCAAGCAGGAUAGUUUAUCAGAAUAUUGUACGCCACCUCCACCACCUCCGAAAACGCCAAUAGAACCAAAGUGGGAAACUCAUCCUGCCUUAUUAAAAAAGCAAGCAAGGAUUUCAAGAAGUAAUAGUUCUGUAGGAUCUUAUCAAUCUCGAGAUUUUAGAUAUCAUUCACUUUCGCCUGGGCCUAGAUCUUCUACUGCACCUUGUACACCUGGAACACCAGGAAUUAGUCCUAUUCUGUCAAGGGCCAGUAGUAGCAAUAGCAAUGUACCUGAUAUAACACCACAGAUUCCUCCCUUGCCUUUGAAUUACAGACCUGGCAUUUCAGCACCAGCUGCCUGUAAUAUGUUAGUACCUACAUUUUGUGCAGAUGAACAGUUAAAUGUAUUGAAAGUGAUAGAAAAAAAACCAAAUAGUAAUCUUAUAGAUUUGAAUACUUGUGAAGAAAUAGAGGAUAAAACAAAUGUUAGAGUCAGUGUAUUAGAAGCAUUUGAUCCUUUACUUGUUAAGACUGAUGACAACAGUGAAUACACAAAGGAUAUUAAGGAUGAUAUUCAAUCUCAAAUUAGUGGAUCUGUAUAUGAUCCUUUUGAUCCUUUUGACUACAUGUAUAGCACAAAUGAGAGUGUAAAUUCAGAUCCAGUAUAUGUAGCAGUAGAAAAGUCAGGCAAAUCUCAAGCUGUUUCUCCAGCUGCACCUCCACCACUGCCACCAAGAAAUUCAUCUGCAUGGAAUACUAUUGAAAGAAGGAGAACAUCCUUGGACCGCCGUCAGAAAAAACAAUCUCGUUUAUAUGAAAACGUAACGGUAAUAAAAACUAGACCAUCCAGUAAUGAUGGUGAUCUAAGUGCUUUUCAUCAAAUGGUUAAAUCGGUGCGAGGAGAAUAUCCAUUUAACAACCCUAGUACAAAUAUUGGUCACGUAAUAAGUCCAACAAUGGAAAAUUUAUAUCCUGAAGGCACAAGUAUAAAAUUAGUUGUGCAUCCACAAUUGUCAGAUAACGAUAAAGAUUCUAUUCCGUCCAUUUCAUUUACUUGUAAUGUGAAUUGUAGCGUUGAACAUGUUAUUUUAAAUGUAGCUUGUUCUUUGGAGGAUGAAGAUACAGUAAAUGUAGAGAAGUAUUGUUUAAGAGUUUGGGGCUUAGCAGAAUAUUUAGCUCCUAAUACAACAUUAGCACAAUAUGAAUAUAUUCAUCAAUGUAUUAAAUUGGAGAAAGACAUUGAAUUAGCUAUUAUGACAAGGGCACAAAUCAAAAAAUCUAUAGCUCGCACACUUCAAGAUGAUAAUCAGGAUCAAUGUCUUAAAUUAGAAGAUAUACUACCUAAUGAACCAUUACAACCAAUUUCUUAUGAUACAUUGCUUAUCUUAUUAGAAACGGUAGAAAAAGAAAUGGAGCGUGUAGAAAAUACUGCGAUGCAAUUAGCAAGAACAAAUCAUGGUUCUGGUCUACUACCUCAACUCAAACCUCAAGGUGUAAUUCAAGCUGUAAAGGCAGUUUCUGCUCUGAUGGGAAACAUUGAAACUUUCGAAAUCACAGAAGCAGUAGAUAAUUUCGUAAAUGCUUGCUGUCAAUUUUUGCCACAAGUUCAUACUACGAACAUAGAGUGCAAGAAACCUGAAAUUGUACAUGAAGAUGGAGAUUAUUCGGUUGUAACGUUAAGAACAAAGUUUCCUGAUGUGAUUACCUCCCAUUGCCAUAAAAUUCGCGAUGCAAUUCAAGAUCUUGUAGAAACUUAUUGUCAUGCUUUUAAAGUUGAUUUUCAAUUGAAUAGUAGAGGAGAAAAUUCUACAAAUAGGCUAGUAUCUUCGGAAGUUAUAGAUACUGUACUUGUACGAGUUGGAUCAUUACAUAGAUUACCAGGAAAUUGGAAACAUGAUGAUUACAUUAUUGCAGCUCAAAUAUUUCAUGGUACAAGACCUGUUGGUAAUCCUGUUUUAUCAGAACCUACAACAGUAAGCUUGAGUUUUUAUCCGAGAAUUUUAUUUAACUCUUGGUUGGAAUUCCGUGGGACCAGUGUAUGUCAAGUUCCAAGAGAAGCUAGGCUAGUAUUAGUUCUUUAUGGACGUACUUUACAACCAACUGAACAUGAAUCAAAUUCCGUAUCAGAAGGUGCUAUGAGAAAAGAAGAACUUGGUUGGGCUGCUAUACAAUUUUUUAACUAUGAUGGUAUUAUGAGCCAAGGAAGUUUCUUUUUAUCUCUUUGGCCUGCUAUCGCGGAUAAAAGAUUAGGUCCUGCACCAGCACCCGGGACUCAUCCUCAUAGUGAUACACAUCCUAUUAUAGGAUUGGAAUUACCAGAUUAUGGAGGAAAUGUUUUAUUUCCAACAGAAUUAAGAGAUCACGAUGUUGAAUCAUUGGAUUUUAAUUCAUUGGAUCAAAAUACGCAGGAAUUAUUAUUGGAUAUUACGCAGCAAGAUACAUUUUCAAGGCCUCCUAUAGAUGAAAGAGAAAUAUUGUGGGAGAAAAGACAUUAUUUACACGACAAACCAGAAGCUUUACCUAAAGUAUUAUUAGCUGCACAUAGUUGGGAUUGGGCAUGUUUGCCAGAUUUGCAUGCAUCUCUUAGAGUUUGGAGUCCUUUACCACCUGUACAAGCUUUACAAUUACUUUUGCCAUGUUUUCCAGAUAUGAAGGUACGAGAAAUGGCUGUUGGAUGGAUCAGAGAAUUAAGUAAUGAUGAGCUCGUAGAUUACUUACCACAAUUGUUGCAAGCAUUGAAACAUGAAACAUACGAAGCUUCUCCUUUGGCUAAAUUUUUAUUGGAACGUGCUUUGAUAUCACCAAGAGUAGCUCAUCAUAUUUAUUGGUUACUAACACAAGCAUUACCAGGACAAAGUCCCCAGAAUUCUGCAGAAAUUGUACCAGAAGACGAAAAAGGUAUCAGUUCUGCUAGAUAUCAUAGAAGAUUACAAUUAAUGUUGCGAGCAUUGCUAGCAGUUAUAGGAGAUGCUUUAAGGAAUAGUUUUCUUACUCAACAAUUAUUAGUUAAGAAUUUAAAUGAGGUUGCAGAAAAUAUUAAAGCCACUAAAGAGUCAUUACGAAUGGAUGCACUCAAAGUUGGUUUACAAAAUAUACAUUGUCAAUUAAUGGAGGAUAAUGGUACAUGUUUACCGUUGUCUCCUAGUAAACAAGUAUAUGGAAUCAAUGUACAAAUUUGCUCAUAUUUUCCAUCAUUUACACUUCCAUUGAAAAUUAAUUUCAUUAGCUGUGAUAAUGUAUUAUGUCCUGCAAUCUUUAAGGUUGGUGAUGAUUUGCAGCAAGAUAUGUUGACUUUACAAAUGAUGCGCAUUAUGGAUAAAUUGUGGUUGAAGGAAGGCCUUGAUUUAAAAAUGGUAACUUUUGCAUGUGUACCGACUGGUCACAAACGUGGAAUGAUAGAAAUGGUAACAAAUGCAGAAACACUUAGAAAAAUUCAAGUCGAGUUUGGUUUAACGGGAUCAUUUAAAGAUCGACCUAUCGCAGAAUGGCUAGCAAAGCAUAAUCCUUCUGAAUUAGAAUAUGAAAGGGCAGUAGAAAAUUUUACCGCGUCAUGCGCUGGUUAUAGCGUUGCUACUUACAUUUUAGGAAUUUGUGAUAGACAUAAUGAUAAUAUUAUGUUAAAAACAUCUGGUCAUCUAUUUCAUAUAGAUUUCGGUAAAUUUCUUGGAGAUGCUCAAAUGUUUGGAAACUUCAAAAGAGAUCGAACACCAUUUGUUCUAACUUCUGAUAUGGCUUAUGUAAUAAACGGUGGUGACAAGCCGUCAGCCAAAUUUCAUCAUUUUGUAGAUUUAUGUUGUCAAGCAUUUAAUGUUGUACGUAAACAUGGCAAUCUUAUCCUACAUCUUUUUGGAUUAAUGACUUCAUCUGGGAUCUCUGGUGUUACAAUGGAUGCUGUUAGUUAUGUACAAAAAGCAUUGCUUCCAGGACAAACUAAUCCUGAAGCAGCAGCAACAUUUGCACGAAUGAUAGAGAGUUCAUUGAAGAGUUGGUUUACGCAGUUUAAUUUCUUUUUACAUAACUUAGCACAACUCAGAUUUUCUGGAGAUCAUAACGAUGGAACAUUAUUAUCUUUUAUUCCACGUACAUAUACGAUGCAACAAGAAGGGCAGUUAACAAGUGUACAAGUACAUGGAUAUCAAAAAAGAUAUGAUCCAGAAAAGUAUUACAUGUAUAUUUUACGUAUACAAAGAAAAGGUCAAGCAGAUCCUACAUAUCUUUUUCGCUCAUAUAAAGAAUUUUGUGAAUUUUAUCAAAAAUUAUGUAUACACUUUCCUCUUGCUAAAGUAGCCAGCUUACCAAGUGGUAUAAGCGUUGGACGAUCGAAUAUAAAGCAGGUAGCGGAUAAAAGACGUGCGGACAUAGAAAAGUUUCUCUUAAGUUUAUUUAAAAUGGCUCCAGAAAUAUCACAAAGCGAUUUGGUGUAUACAUUUUUCCAUCCUUUAUUACGAGAUCAACAAAAUGCAGAUAUUCAUUUACGUAAAGUAAAAGUUGGUAAUUGGUGGGCAGAGAAAAAAAUCAGAGAGAACGUGCAAUGUGGACAAAUAAAAUUAUCACUUCAUUAUACCCGUGGGACUUUAUCAGUAAUGGUUUAUCAUGCUAGAGGUUUGCCAAAAGUAGCAAAUGGUCAGGAGCCAAAUACUUACGUGAAAGUAUAUCUCAAGCCCGAUCCUACAAAAGCCACAAAACGUAAAACUAAAGUUGUUAAAAAGAGUUGUUAUCCUUCAUUUAUGGAAAUGCUCGAAUACCGAAUGCCACUUGAUGUAAUUAAGGAAAGAGCUUUGGAAGCUACAAUUUGGAAUCACGAUACUUUACAAGAAAAUGAAUUUCUUGGUGGUAUUCGAUUACCACUCGGUCGAUUGAUUUUGACAAACGAAAUAAUCGAAUGGUUUUCGUUGGGUAGUGUUCGAUAAAAAGGAAAAUAGAAAGACUGUGUUAAUAAUAUUAAUGCUCAUAACUAUUAGAAUAAUAGAAAAUGCUAUAUCUUAUAUCGCACAAAGAGAAGGCAUUGCUUUUAAAAAUAUUCUGCUAUCGUAACUAAGGGAUUAAGGAUGACUAAUGUUUUAAUCAAAAUAUUUAUAUCGGCGUGGUAUAAUAGAAGCUCAUUUUCGUUUGUCACUAUAUAUUCCAAAAUUUUUAUUGAAAUUAAUAUGAAGUAUAAAACGUGCAGCAUAUUUCAUAAAAUUAUUCAAUUUUUACAAAAAUUAUUUAAAAUUUCAUAAUUAUUGAAAUGAAUGUUUAAAAACUAGUAUUUAUAAAUGGAUUUUAUAAUUGAAUUUGUAAAGAUUAGAUAUAUUAAGAAGAAAAGCCCGCUUAGAUGUUUAAACUAUUAUCAAAGGAAUGAUGGAUCUGCAUUUAUACGAUGCUGUUUCAGAUGAAUUAUACACAGAUAUUUAUUUAACAUGUUUUUUACUAAUCAAUAGUUAUCCUUCUAAUUGUACAUAAAUAUAAUUGAAUAAUGUAAUCUACACAGCGAAUCAUUAAAGGUAAUAUUUUUACAUGGCUGUCAUGUGUGUUGAAAGUAUACGCAUAUUCAUAUUUUUCAUUGCUGCAAACAUGCACACUCAUACACACAAAACCGCAUAACAUUUUCUGUAGAACAUUCAGUUCAUAUAUAAGAUAACAUAUUUUUAUUUUCAUAUUUUAACAUUAAAACAAAAUUAAAUCAUUGACCUAUGUCAUAAGAGUAAAUUAACGAUGAGAUAUAAGUUAUAUUCGUAAAUUUUCUUAAUAUUAUUUUUUCUCUGAGUGAAGGAGGAACAAAAUUAUG